GCUCUGUGCCUCGCGGCCCGUCUGGAAUGGCCGCCCCGUGGGUUCUGCCCGCGCCUCUCAGCCCGGCGCAGCUGAAGCGCCUGGAGCAGCACCGCUACAGCGCGGCCGGACGCUCGCUGCUGGAGCCCUGGCUGCAGCCUUACUGGGGCUGGCUGGUGGAGCGGCUCCCGCUGUGGUUGGCCCCCAACGCCAUCACCCUCGGCGGCCUCUUGCUGAACUGCCUCACGGCGCUGCCGCUCAUCGCCUCCUGCCCCACCGCCACCGAGCAGGCACCUUCUUGGGCAUACAUCCUGGGUGCAUUAGGACUUUUUAUCUACCAGUCUCUGGAUGCCAUUGAUGGGAAGCAAGCCAGAAGAACAAACAGUAGCUCUCCUCUAGGAGAGCUCUUUGAUCAUGGUUGCGACUCAAUUUCUACAGUUUUUGUUGUCCUUGGAUCCUGCAUAGCAAUCCGACUAGGAACAAACCCUGACUGGUUGUUUUUCUGUUGUUUUGUGGGACUGUUCAUGUUCUAUUCUGCUCACUGGCAGACAUAUGUAUCAGGCACAUUAAGGUUUGGAAAAGUUGAUGUAACUGAAGUUCAGAUAGCCAUAACGGUGUUGCUGUUGGUAUCUGCAUUUUGUGGAACAGCAAUAUGGGACUAUAAGGUGCAUUUGAUAGGCCUAGAACUGAAGUUCUUUGCAGUUGUUGGCAUACUGUGUGGAACAGCAGUUUCAUGUUUCAAUUACUUCCGCGUCAUCGUUGGUGGAGGGGUUGGAAAGAAUGGAUCUACAAUAGCAGGAACAAGUGUUCUUUCACCAGGUGUCCACAUUGGGCUACUUGUCACACUGGCCAUUGUGAUCUACAAAAAAUCUACAAUUCAGCUGUUUGAGAAACAUCCGUGCCUGUAUGUCCUGACAUUUGGAUUUGUGAAUGCUAAAAUCUCACAGAAGUUAGUGGUGGCUCACAUGACAAAAAGUGAAAUCAGUCUUCAAGACACUGCAUUUAUUGGACCAGGACUUCUCUUUUUGGACCAGUACUUCAACAGUGUCAUUGAUGAAUAUGUUGUUCUAUGGAUAGCUCUGUUCAUAUCCUUGUUUGAUAUGCUGAGAUAUGCCACUGGUGUAUGCCUACAGAUUGCUGCUCAUCUUCAUAUACAUGUCUUCCGAAUUUCAUCUCAUCAAGCUCCUGAACAGGUACAAGUUGUUUCUCCAUUGAGCCGUCAGAAUAACAUGGACUGAAGAGACUUGCGAACGGUUGCCAUCUCCUGCUGUUGCUGUUACAAGAAAAGGAGAUUAUUCUGAACAGAUGCCAUACCAAUAUGACUCCUUAAUCUAAUUAAAUGAUGUCUAACGACUCCCUUAUAGAAUGUUCUAUUUUUGUAUUUAACAAAGUUCUUUAUAACUACUGAUACUUACAGUGUCCAUCAUGAUCUUCUUCUGUAGCAUAGCCAUUUCUUUGCGAAGUUCAUUCUGUGCACCAGCUAGAAGAGUUUCAUUGUUUUUCUCUAGCUCUUCCAUGCUCUGAAGUUAAAGAUAAUCUUAAUUCAGAAUGCUCACUAUCAGAAGUUCAAUUUAAAAACAGACAAUCCAUUAUUCAGAUUACAGUUCGAUUUUUAUAGCAGUAGUGGUCACUGACAGUUGCAGAUGAAUUUUGUCAUGAACUUGAAAAAGAAAAUUGUAUAGGACUCCAAUCUACACCGCUGCUUAAACAACACAUACCCUGUGACAAAAACAGUCCUUUCCACUCAGCAUCUACCAGGUGUAAGCUACUAUCCUGCAUUUCAAUAAAGAUGACAAUUCUACAAGUCUAGAUGUAUCUGUCAGGAAGUAUGGGGUGGUACAGUUGAAUAUCGUGACAACCUUGGAGACCUGAAGCAACAACUACAGAAAAUGUUACGUUCCCUCCUCUUUGCACAUUUCACUCUAAAUAAACUGAGGUAAGGCUCACUGGUUAUCUUCCCUUUUGCUCAUAUAGUUUGCCUAACUGAAUGCACAUUGCUGCAUUUUCUUUGACUUGUACUUAAAGUUAAGCAUAUUUGAGGCUUGACUUUUACCUUUUGAUCUUCUCUGAGAAGAAAAAACUGCAAUUUUUUUUUUUUAAAACUUUGCUGAAGAUGUUUAGACCUUUUAAAAUGGUUAUUGUUUAUGAACAUCUCUGUAACGUCCUAUAAUGUAAAUUUCAACUAUCAAA